GUACACUUUUCUCAUUUUCAUCAGAUUUAUAAAGGUAAAAGGCAACCCUCUCAAAAUGUUUUCUUUCCUUACAGGCGUAUUUGUGUUAGGAUCAAUACUUUCUAUGCCUGAUGCUUGGAGGAUCAUCACGAUUUGAGAUUGAGAGUCAGAAAAAUCAAGGCUGAAAUUGAAAAUCAUCCUUGGUAAAUCUCAUUUUCAUGGCUCAAAUUUACUCAAACCGUUGAUUCAUUGCCUCAUAAUUUCCACACCAUCAUUAAAGAAUGACUGCGUCUUUUGAUCCUCACGACAAAUCCAGUUGGUAUUUUGGACAAAUGUCAAGACAAGAUGCAACUGAUCUUUUAAUGGCGGAAAAAGAAGGGGGCGUUUUCUUAGUGAGAGAUAGUGUAACAAUACAAGGAGACUACGUUCUUUGCGUCAGGGAAGAUCAGAAAGUUAGUCACUACAUCAUAAACAAAAUGCAGCAGAAUUAUCAAAUAAGUUACAGAAUUGGAGAUCAGACAUUUCCAGACCUCCCUAACCUAAUAGCUUUUGAUAAACUUCAUUACUUAGACACAGCUCCUCUUAUUAGACCGGCUCCUAGACGAAUAGAAACUGUGAUCGCCAAGUAUGACUUCGAUGGCAAGGAUGAAGACAACUUACCUUUCAGGAAAGGAGAUAUUCUGACUAUAGUUGCCAAAGAUGAAGAACAAUGGGGGACAGCAAAAAAUUGCCUGGGACAAACUGGUUCCAUUCCUGUAUCAUACGUACAUAGGGUAAGCACCAAUAACUGGUCGUGUCUGUUCAUCUGUGAUGAUUAUCUACUUCCACCUUAUGUGUUCCGUGUGAAUCACUCUUUGUGAAAGGAGGAAUAUCGUUAUGGGCCUUUUCCGGCCGCAUGUGGGUAUUCCUAAAUGUCUCAUAUUUUCAAAGUACUAGUCUUCGGUAGACUCUGUGCCAAAUAUUUCACCGAACGUUCAACCAUACCUACCAUGCGAUUAUGCGUUCUCCAGAGAAACUCUAGGGAACACUGCUUUCAGCUGCGACCUUGAACAUCGCUCACUGAAUAGCUGCUCGAGAUUGAGCAGAAAAAACAAGAAAAAAUUGGAGAAAUGUACUUGUCCUAAACAUGAUUCGUC